AUCAAUAAUAUAACCGAUAACAACAAUAACCAAGUUGUAAUAAAUAGGAUACUAUUCGAUAGGAUAAACAAUAUAACAACAAUGUCAAAUAAAAUUUUAAAAGCUGUACAAACCAGCGAAGAUAUACAACAUAACUUUGCUAUAGAAUUAAAAUAUAAAUUGACAGUUAUUAAAGAAGAAAUAAUAAAUAUAGAUUAUGCCAUACAUUGGGCCAAGGCCGGCAUAGUCAACUCUUAUAUAUUUUCAAACGAAGAACUAAUGUUAAUAAAAUCAAUAUAUGAAAAUAAUAAUUUAACGCUAAGUAACAUAGAAGAUUCAUUAGAACUCGCAAGCAUAAAAAUUGUAAUAAAUAACUCAAUGUUGUUCUAUAUAAUAGGCCUACCUUUAACAAACGAAGAUAUUUGUAAUUCAAUUUUGAUAAAGCCAAUAAAAGUAAAAAAAUUUAUUAAUAAAAUCCCAUAUGAGGAUAUCAUAACUUGUAAAAAUUACAAAGUUUAUGGAAUAAAAGGAAAAUGUAAAGAAUAUAAUAAUGUAAGAAUAUGUAAUCAUAAGAAUAUAGUAGAUAUUAGCAACACCACCUGUGUCCCACAGCUGCUAAGAAGCAAACCAGCAGAAUGCACAUUAGUUAACAACCAGCACAUCCCAUCCGUAGAAAACAUAUCACCAGGCAUCAUCCUGUUAAACCAGUACAAUGGCCCAAUCAAAAUUGACAACCAACAGAUAAAUCUCGUCGGAUCAUACGCA